UCAUUCCUCGGCCCUCCUCCUCCUCGGCUCUCCCACCCUCCGCUCACGUAAUCCAGACAGGACUCAUCCCCAGCAUCCCGGCCCCGAUCCCUCCUAGACCCCGCGGCUCUCACACAAAGCCCUGCCGUGAGGGGAGGAUAUGCUCGCUGCUGGAGCCUGGCUAGAGGGGUCCUCGUCCUGGGACCACACUCCGGCCAUGAAGAAGUGACCGGUCCGUUCUCCAGGCCGCUCCAAUCUGUGCCCUGUGAACUGCUGUGACGCCCCCCGCAGGUAUGUGGGGGAGGAUGAUCUCGGAUUACGGCUCUGGCUUCAACAGCUUCACCACAGGCGCUGAUUUUCCCACAUCAGGGUGGCUUGCCAGUUCACUGUGGCAUUCUUCAGUUGCCCCACCCAGUGGCAGAAGUAGCCACACAAGGAGACACAGCAUUACAUCUGACAGUGGUGAUACCGGCAUCGGAACCUCUUGUUCGGACAGUCUGGAAGCAGAUGCCCACAGGGCGGGCAGAGCACUGCUUGUUCUGUAGGGAAUAGACUUGAGAGGAUUAGCCCCUCCCUCUGGGCACUUGCUGCUGAUUUGCUCAUAUGAAAGAAUGGAAGUAAUCUAAGAUCAUUCAACUUCCAGUGGUACAUCCACGUUUAAGCCAGUGAACCCGCUGGUCUGUCUUCCAACUGCCCAUGUCAUGCCCUCUACAGCCAGGUCAUCUGUGCCCAGGCAUAGAGAGGACAAGCUGGACAUGUCCUGUUGGGAUAGUGGCUAUUCUUUACAUGGGACUGCUAGAACAUAUGGUCAUCCUAUAGAUACUCCACUUGACAUGAAGGACUCCAGGCCUAUGAAGAAGUGGUCCUCUCUUUCUAAACUGAGCACGCAGGAUGUUUUUGGUCAGGAUGGUCGGGUGGACAAAGCCGAAUCACGGCAUAGCCUUGAACGCAUGGGGCGAGACAGUUCACUAUCGCAGCAGUCACGAGCCUAUAGGCCAGCCUGUCUGCACUACAGCAUGGAAGCUCUAAAACUGGACGAUAAGGAUGUGGAGAAGAAAGAUUUUAUGGACAUAGACCUCAAAUAUAAAUAUGACAGCUGCAGCAGUAGGGACUUUACAAAAUCUGCUCCACAGACUAGGAGGCAUACCUUGGAUAUGACCUAUAGUGCCUUACCGGAAAGUAAGCCUUCUACUAGUGACUCCUUUGUGCAAAAACACAGUUAUUUUGGGUACCAGGCUGGAUCCCCUCUUCAGUCCUCCCUAAGAACUCAGAUGUGGCUCUCAGAUCAGCUGCAUGCAAAUUCUUCAGACAGGAGAACUCCAGAGGAAUCAUGUUGUUCGCCUGCUUGGAGUCCACUAGAACAUUUCCGUCAGGAUACAGAGGCUGGAACAACCCCUACACGGCCAUCAUCAUUCUCCUCCGUGCCCCUGAGUCAAGACGUCUCCAAGUGGGAGUCCAUGUUAAAGAUCAGAGAAGGCUUAAUACGACAAAAAGAGAUUGUAAUUGACAGGCAAAGACAGCAGAUCUGCCACCUACAGCAAGCUGUCCGGGGUGGCGAGUUGCGCACCUACCCAGCAUCCACAAGUCCUGUUAUGAAUGGAGAAGAAAGCUAUGUUCAUGGGAUAAAGGCAGCACCAUGUGAAAGCUGUAAACCUCUGCAGACCUUGACCUUGGACAGGCUGAAUCCAUUCCUUCGAGACAAAGGCGAACUAGAAGGAAAACUUUCCCCUGCUGAAAUGGGAGUUGCACCUCUCAAUGAGGUCCUGAAACAGAGCACCAUCAAACCCAGCGAUGACUUGAAGAAGAUGGAGGAGAAGAUAAAAACUAGAGACAAAUACAUUAACAGUCUGCGCAAGAAAUGUCAAAAAGAAAAUGAGCUAAACCGGGAGAAGCAGAGGCGGAUAGAGACUCUGGAGAAAUACGUGGCUGACCUGCCUACUCUUGAUGAUGUGCAGAGGCAAUGUGAAAGGCUCCAGGUAUUAGAGGAAGAGAACAAACAGCUGAAAGACACCAUUAACUGUCUAGAAAAACUUGCCAAUGAAUCUAGGACACAGUUUCGCGAAAAAGAAGCACAGACAGAGUGUCAGAAACAGAGAGAAAAAGAAUUGGUCUUAACAGUUCAAAGCUUACAGCAAAAAGUCCAGAAAUGUCUGGAGGAUGGUGUCCGACUCCCGAUGUUGGAUACAAAGCAGCUACAGAGUGAAAAUGAACGGCUACGAGAGCAAACGGAGCGCACUAACAAAGUUAUAGACAAUCAACAACAUCAAAUUGAUAGCAUGGCUGCAGAAAUACAGACCUUAAAAGAGAAAUUGUUUCAGGAAGGUUCCUGUGUUCUGAAUCUUGAGAAGAAGUUUGCAGAGCAAGCAGAAAGUACUCAAAAGCUGCACUCACUUUCCCUGGAAAAUCAGAAGUUAAAGGAAGAAAAUGCUUCUAUGUGCAAGCAGCUGGAAGAGUUACUAGUGUCCAGACAACCACUAUCGGAGAAAAUGCCGGUGGCUGAACAGCUGUUUAAGGAGAUGUCCCACUGUCUAUUUGACUUGAAAGCACUCUGCAGUAUUUUAAAUCAACGCGUACAGGGCAAGGAACCCAAUAUUUCUCUGCUCCUGGGCAUACGAUCUGCCAACUCCUGUUCUGAAGAAAGUGAAGCCAGCAGCCACAGCACAGAGGGUCUGACCAAGAAACUGGCAGAGACACGUCAGCUCCGUAAAGACAUUGAUGACCUGCGGACUGUGUUAUCGGACUGCUAUGCUCAGGAUAUGGGGGAUAACUGUAUUACCCAAUGAUCCACUAGGACUUUCUACUUUCACAUGGCGGUCUAGGAGCCAUAUACUGGAACAUUACUAUGCACAACACCCGAGGUGCUUUGUCUACAUUUCACAACUCUAUAUAAAUAAAACUAGUCAUUUCAUGGCAUGUCCAACUCCGCUCAUAUCCUGGAGAAAAGAUGAACUACUUAAUGACAAACCAGAGAAUGUAAAACAAACCUACCCAUCUCACAAAAGGUUUUGACUGAAUGUGUUAGGCUGGAAAGUGAAGGCUGCAAUUUUUGUAGUCUCUAUUGAUCUUUGGUACAAAUUGAAAGCCAGUUGGUGUAUUUGGCUUUUGUCUUCGUGGUAGAAAAUUGACAUGGAUCAAGCUAUCCUAAUUCUCCAUCUAUUUAUGUUUCCCAUCAAUUAAUAUUGUGAUACAGCUGUGAAUACAGUGAGUGUCCUAUUCUCUCAUUUGCAAAAGCUCCUUUUAUAUCGACAGUAACUUUAGCUGUGUUAAAUUUUCCGAGGGAUUGGUGAGGCAAGACAAGUCCAUUUAUAAAGCCACCAAAACGUGAAGAAAGCCAUUAUUUCAAAUGGAAGCUUUACCGUCCAUUAAGCACACUCCAUCGAUGUUACAUUCUUGUGGUUUAAAGGCCUAAAAACAAAUCCUCUUCACUUCCAAGUCAUUUACAGCAGGGUCAAUAGGAUUUUUAUUUUGCUCUGUUGUGCAGUAAUCACAGUCUCUCAGAAAAGCCAGGGCAGUAACUUUCCUCAUUCUUAAGCACUCUGGGAAUCUUCUUUUUGUUUUAUAUAGUGCAGCAUAUGUUAUUAGAGAAUAAUGUGGAGGUUCUUGUGUAUGCCUUGUGCUUACAUGUUUUAGCUGAUGUCGCAGGCAUGGCAUAUGCACCAUUUUUUAUGUAAAUAAUCUCUGAAAUGAUUUUGUAAUGCUGCCUACAUUGUCCCUGAAUCCUCUGGCUAAGGGUGUUGAGUUUGAUCAUUUCAACUAGUCGGCAUGCUGCCGAUGCUGGAAUUCAAAAGAUGAACUCAUUAGAAUUAUUAUUGGGUUUAGGUUAGUUUACUGUAUAUUAAGUUAUGAUGCACUUUCUUAUACAGACUGCAUUUUUGACAGAAAUAUUGCAUUGAAGUCUUUAGGCUGUGUUUACAUGUUGCAUUUUUACUGUAUUUUGACCAUGUUUUUACUGCAUUUUGGCUGUUUUUGUGUUCAAAAGUUGCAGAACAAUCUACUGUAAUUUGCUAAAUUGCAGUAAAAUAGCGCCUUUUGGGAAAUGAUGGCAAACAAACAUGGCUAGGAAUGCAAUAUGUGAACACUGCCUAAGGAGUGGUGUCUAUCUACUAUACUGCCCGAUCCCAUAGAGAUAGCAACAGCAGUAUACAGAUCUGGGUAGGAAGGGAUGGGGUCUGUGAGCUAGCAUGAGUGUAGUUUACAGGAAGUCAGGUGAUCCAGGACUGGACUUCAUUUGACACAUUAAGCCAUGUAACAUUCUGUGGCUCAUACUGUUGAUCACGUGAUCAAAUGAGAGUAAUGAAACGCAUGGAUCCAGCUGUGCUGGAAUAUAAUAAAUAGUUGUUUACAACUAGUGAUGGAGAGUGUGAAUGAUAAGGGAAAAACAACUUGGAGUGCUUCUUUAAUGUAAGUCUAGGAGACAGUUCUCUAGUGCAGUUUGUGAGUGCUCACUGUUGUACAUGUAUAUGCUGUACAGAGCACAGUUCAUUGGAUUUUAAAGCUAUAUCUGAUUGUUGUGCUAACAUUGGUCCUGUUAAAGUAUCUAUCUGACAAACUACAGAAGCAUCAAGUGUAAUCGUGGAGUAAAAGGCAUAGUGGCUUUACUCCCUAAAGCCUGUUACAUGUUUGUAUCUACUUUUCCACAUAUGGGUUAACAAAAUGAUCCCCCACAAGGCCAAAACAUUGUUUUAUGUAUAUAUAAUGGCCAGCAAAGAGGCUGAAUACAGUGGCUGAUUCUGUUGCUACUCUAAUGGUGCUUAGUCAGUUAAGCAGUAUAUAUGACCAGAAGUAUUUCCAUUUCCAACUAAUGGCAUAUUGCUUUAGACAUGUUUAUAUCACUUUAUGAUCGGUUAUGAUAUCGCCUCUUGGACCCCCACUGAUACUAAGAAUGAAAGGACAGCAGCGCUGAUUUUUUUUUUCAUGCAAAAUAGUGCACCCGAUCCCUGGAUGUUCUGGGAACUGCAGCGAACCCCCUUUUACGUGAUUGGAGAUGGGUUGUAGGCCCACUGCACCACUGUGCAGGGAAAAACUGUGACGGCAAUGCAGGGUUAAUUCAUUUUCAGGAUCAGCGGGGGUCCCAGAGGUCGGACUACCUGUCAUAUCCCAACAUCGCUUUAGUAUCCCUUUAUGAGAAGCAAAUACUCCUUUAGAUUCAACAUUUCUAAGCAGGUUACAAAGCAAUGUCUAUAAGUGUAAUUUUAAUCUAUCAAUCAGUUCAGAUUAUUCUUGUAUGCGUAGUUGGUUGGGUUACAAUUCAACAUGUUAGAAAAAGACUACCCAGGCAGUUCUUCAAAUUUCACAGAAUUCACUCCAUUUCUUCUUUAACAAUAUUGUCUGAAUUGUUCCUCUGCGCAAGAUGUGAUCAAGAUAAAACUAGGAAAAUGACUGCAAUUUAUUUUUCUUAAAGGAAAUUCUGCACAUAGUUAGCAGCCUCGGCAUAGAACGUCUCCGGCGGUACUCAAGUUGAUUGCAGUCAUAAGGCAGCGCUUUUGUCUCACAAGUAUAAAACCACCAACCAGCUUCCCCUCUUCAACCACUUUGCAUGACUUUCGUUAUUUCACUCGUUAUUUUUGCCUCCAUACCUACAUAGGAAAUAGCUAUAUAUCUAAAUAGCAAUAUAAAUAUGCAGUUUACAGAAUAACAUUUCAUACCAUAUACACUUCAGUUAGUUUUUUAUGACAUCUAGACAAAUGUGACAUUAGUUAAGGAACUAGAUGUAUUAUAACCUGCUAGAAUCUUACAAUAACUGUGCAGCAGCUUGCUAAGACAAUCGUAAUAUUGAUAAGAAAUCUUUACUACCGUAUUUAAAUACUCAGUACCUAGGUCCUCCUUUAGAUAUAGCAAAAUGGCACUGGCAUGUUCAGCUUUUUGGCUGUAUCCACUAUUAUGUAUAUUAAUACACCAGUGUAACCUAACUAGUAAAAUGAAUGGGGGGUUAAAUUAUUGAACAAAUCUGCUACGUAUUAUUUGUCAGCAAAAUGUAUUUAUUAUUACUAUUAUUUUAUCUUGAUGUAUAUCUUUCCAAAUGCACUGUGUCCUGUCCUGGCUCUAAUUUGCAUGCCCAGGGAGAUGAUAAAUGUAGUGGUCAAGAAAGCAAUGAAACAGAACACACAAUACUGCACGUUGGCCGUCUAAUGGCUGACCUUCUGGGCAGAACUCUACAUGAUGGGCUCUUCAAUGAACCCUGUCGUGUCUCCUGGGCACACCAGGACUGUAUUUUUAACCUGUAAGGACCUUGGUUGUGCUUUCCAAUCUCCUCUGCAGUCAUAGGCAGAGAAUGAUAUAUUUUACUAGUUCACAAAAGUUAGUACUUUUUCUUUCUCAAAUAUUCUUAAACCAAGUUGGCACGCCACGUUCGUGUCUUUUUUCACUUUUUAUGUAAGAAAAUUGAGAUGAUGUUAGAGUUAUGAAAGUUUAGAGAGAGAAUGUUAAAGCUUUCAUUUCAGCUUCCAAACUUUCCUGACAAGUAAGGUAGGCAAACAAGAACACCAUUACAAAUACCGGGCAUCAGGAGGAAAGUAUCAGUAUAAAAGCCCUUUUACACAGGCCAAUUACACAGACAUUUUUACACAGCCAUCUGAAAGGGCCCUUACCUUUUUAUUAACCAGUCAGAUUGCAGCCCCUAUUUUUAUUUUCAGUAGUUCGGAUUGUCCCUCAUUGUUUUAUCCCCAUGACUUGUCCUAUUUUCUUUUUUCCCCUUCUUGGUUUCUCCAUUCUGACAAUGGAAUACCAAUUGUGUUGUAUUAUGCAGAAAACCAUUAUGUUAGCAGAUGGUAAUAUAUUUGUUAAGACAUUUCCGUCAUUGAUGCCACUGGCUAAUAUUUAUAGUAUGGUUUCUUACAUUUAUCACAUUCUAAAUAGUCACUUGGGAUAAAUUACUCAUUAGCAAUAUUCUCCUACUUGUGCCUUGCACCAGCCUGUAUUUAUCGCAGCUACACCCGCUCACUCCUUUUCAUUGAGUUGUCCAUUGUUUUUAUGUAUCAUUGAGCAAAGAAGGAAACUUUAAACGUAAGCAAUUUCUAAAUUAUUCUACAAGGUAUUUAUUAACAGUAUUUAGUGCCAGGGAAUAAGUUUAUGUCCAGUUUGGCACACUGGGCCUCACGUUACCAAAGCUGACUUGUUGCCUAUUGCAGCCCUUAGUUUUACAAGAUGAACUCUUUUUAACUUGAUCAUAUUGAAACGUGAGGCCUAUGGUGACAACAAAGGGAAGGAAGGAAGACUAGAGGAUUUGCCUUGAGCACCUGGGCUGAUUCUGUAUUUCUUCAUGGGAUCUAUGGAAAAUUGGACGCUUUGGGUUCGUCCUCAUCUGCACUACUAAUUAAUUUAAUAAUUGUCCCAACUUUUCCUUUGAAAAUUGGGAACAACAUAAUAGCCUUCCUUUAUGCUAUCCACCUUCUAUCAGGUGUAUUCCUGUUGAGUGGAUAGUGAACCUGCCCGUAAAGGGGUACUCCACUCGGCAGCUUUAGGAACAUUUAACUGUGUGUGCGCUGCAGGGGUCAUCCACGGCCCUCAAUGCAAGUCUAUGGGAGGGGGCGUGACGGCUGCCACGCCCCCUCCCAUAGACUUUCAUUGAGAGGCGUGGCCUGACCUCACGAGGGGGUGCACACACAGCUAAAUGUUCCGAACACUGGCCAGUGGAGUACCCCUUUAAGCUCAUGAUUAAGGGGCUUUAUAAAAAAUAAAAAAAUAAUCCUCCUGUAGCUUCAGAGACUUUUUUUUUUCCUCCCAUUACUGUGUAAUUGACAUGUAGGAUUUUAUGUUGAAGAGGAUACAGGACACGAUAAAUGCUAUUAUUGUACAUAGUUGUAUUUUAAUUUUUUCGUAUAUCUAACUUGCUAUACAUAGUGUGCAUUGGUGUGUUACUAUUUAUUUUUGUUUUACCAUUACAUGGCUGUAUGAGGGCAGUUGUUUUAAAGCACAGCUUUGGGUGUGAGAAUUGGAAACUGUUUGUGGGUUCCUUGUGUGGAUCCCUAAAAUACCUCAUGUAAAUACAGUUGUCAUGUUGUAAUAC